AUGAAGUCCCCCCUUCUACUCUUUCUCUUCAUCUUCUUACAUUGCCACUUCCAGAUUUCAUCCGGGGUUUCAAGUUUAAACCCUAAUUUUCUAACGAACAAUGAAUUCGAUCCAAUGGUGAAAAGGGUUUGUAGUGGGACGAUUGGCGGGUGUUCAGAAGAUGACAUGAUGGAAUCUGAGAUCAGUAGGAGGAUCUUGUUAAUGGAGAAAAAGUACAUAAGCUAUGAGACUUUAAAGAGGGAUCUUGUACCUUGUGGUACACCUGGAGCUUCGUACUACAAUUGUAAGGGCAAAGGGGUCGCUAACCCUUAUAAUAGAGGCUGUGAAAUCAUCACAAGAUGUGCUAGAGAUGCUAUAAACACAUAA